AUUCGGAGCGUACGCUUCGAUAAAAAAGUACCACAAACACAACGCCAAUCUGUCAUUACUUCAUUCAUUCAAGACCCAAGCCUCCGUGUCAUGCUACUGAUGCUGUCUUGUGGUGCAGUUGGGUGGGUUCAUAUGUUGGCUUGGAAAGCUAUGCGACUUACCUUUCUUAACUUGACCGUAACAGAAGCAUCGCGCGCAUACCUAAUGGAGCCACAUUGGAACCCUACUAUUGAAGAGCAAGCUCUUGCACGUAUACAUCGAAUUGGGCAAACGCGCCAGGUGACGACCGUUCGUUUCCACAUUCGGCAUUCCUUCGAAGAGGUUCGUAGUCAUACUUUCCUUUCUUAG